GUCAUGUUCUAUAUGAAAAUCCUCAAGGCAUAGAUGGCACGAUUUCUCUCCCUGAUCCGACCUCAACCGUACCUGCCUCUCUUUGGAAGGAGGAAAAUGUCACUCGACUUUGGGGCACGCGAGGUGUUUGCAGCUGCAGUGGAAGCCGUGCAGCCCGACAUCGUCGUCCGGCAGAGUUUGGUGCGACAAGGCGACAGCGUGGAGGUCGUCGGUGCCGAUCGCAAGUUCAAGAUGGAAAACAACGUGCACGUAGUUGGCUUCGGGAAGGCGGUGCUGGGCAUGGCUACGGAGGCGGAGAGGAUUGUGGGAGAACACUUGGUUGACGGAGUUAUCAGUGUGCCACAUGGCAUUCAGCAGACGUUGCGGGAGCAUGGAAAACACCACCUGCUGUUAAAAGAAAAUAGCCGAAUACGAGUCAUGGAGGGCGCCCAACACAACCUGCCUGACUCCGACUCGCAGAAGGCAGCAGAAAGUAUCGCUCGGCUUGCUAACACCUUAACGGCGAAAGACCUGCUUCUCGUGCUGAUUUCAGGUGGCGGCUCUGCAUUACUACCCGCACCCAUCGCGCCAAUAACCCUGCAAGAGAAACUGGACGUCACCCGCAAGCUGGCAGCUGCCGGAGCCACUAUUCAGGAGCUGAACACAGUGCGGCGCGCCUUAUCUGUCUUAAAGGGCGGAGGACUUGCUCGGUGUGCACACCCUGCUCAGGUGGUGGCGUUGAUACUAUCAGAUGUGAUUGGCGAUCCGCUGGACCUGAUAGCAAGCGGUGCCACAGUGCAGGGUCCGGUGUGUCGCCAAGAAGUCCAGGCUGUUCUCGAACACUAUGGCUUGAUGGACUCUGCUCCCGCCUCAGUGAAAGAUGUGCUCGGUAGACUUCGUCCACAACAAGAAGUCCAAACGGACGAGGCGAGCCAUGUUCUCAACGCUGUAAUCGGCUCCAACGGUGUCGCCCUCCAGCACGCGAGCCGCCGGGCCCUUGAGCUGGGUUUCCACCCGAUCGUGCUCUCGCCGGGAGUGUGCGGCGAUGUGAGGUCGGUAUCUCGUCUUUACGGCCUCUUGGCCCAAUUCGGUAAGGAAGCUUCAUCCGAGCUCACCGUCAAGAUGCUGAAGCUCGGGCCGGAGGUCGGGGUGGAGAGCAAGGACCUCCAUCGGGUGAUGCAGAGUUUGGAGCAGGGACGCGGCGUCACUUGCGUGUUGGCUGGGGGGGAGCCCACCGUGGAACUUACGGGGAAAGGCCGUGGCGGACGCAACCAGGAGCUUGCUAUGAGAGUAGGGCUGGAACUGAGGGGCUCACGACCCCCGCCGGACAGUCCAGUCUUCCUGAGCGGAGGAACCGACGGCCAGGACGGGCCAACCGAAGCGGCGGGGGCAGUCACUGACGCGAGCUUGUACGAAGACGCCCAAAAACAAAAGCUGGACACGCUCAGCUUCCUGAAGAACAAUGAUUCUUUUACUUUUUUUAAACGUCUCUCUGGUGGACGCAACUUACUUGUACCAGGCCUAACAUGCACCAAUGUCAUGGAUGUGCAUGUUCUUCUUAUUCCGCAAGGCGCAAAAUAA